CUUUGUUUGUGUGCAAUUAGUUUGCACAAGGAAGCUGUCAUCUCCCCCUGCUCCACUAGCUGCUGGUAGAUAUUGAAUCUCUGCCUGUUAAACGUUUCCAAUUGUCAGCUAGAUUGCCUGUUAACUGCAUAGGAGUAGGAGGACUAAGCCUAUCCAUGACGGGAAACACUCAGAGAACAGGAUUUUAGCUACAUGGCUGCUGGUGAGAGUAACACUGGAUGGGUUACUGGUCAUCCAGCCUGAUCUUCAAAUAGAAACGAGGCAAGCCCUUGUCCAAUGAAAGGAAGAACCGGAAAGGAAAUCUAACACCAUACAAGAGCCGACUUGAGCAACAAAUCAAAUAUGCCACAUAAGCGUCGUUCCCAGUCUUGGACAGAGUUGAAAAAAGCAGGCAACGAAUGCUUUAAAACUGGACAAUAUGGGGAGGCUGCCUGUCUUUACAGCCAGGCGAUAAAAGAUGUGGAGAAGUCAGGAAAGAAUUCAGAGGAUCUUAGUAUCCUGUAUUCUAACCGUGCAGCCAGUUAUCUGAAGGAUGGAAAUUGUGCAGAGUGUGUGAAGGACUGCACAGUCUCUCUUGACUUGGUUCCAUUUGGCAUCAAGCCUCUCCUUCGCCGGGGUGCAGCGUAUGAAGCCCUUGAGAGAUACAGAUUAGCCUACGUAGACUACAAGACGGCCUUACAGAUAGACUGUCACAUACCUGCAGCCCAAGAUGGUACCAACAGAAUGACAAAGUGUCUGACAGAGGUGGAUGGACACUCCUGGCGAGAGAAGCUCCCACCCAUUCCCAUUGUUCCGAUGGCCGUCAAGGAGAACUUUUCUCAGGCAACAUGCCAAACGACACAACACAAUGGCACCAGAGAAAAAUAUACAUCUGUCCCAGGAGAGGAUGUCAUUAAAAAAGCCCUAUACCUGAAAGAGGAAGGCAAUGCAUUGGUGAAAAAAGCAGAGUACAAGAAAGCCAUAGAGAAAUACACUCAGAGCCUCAAACACAAUCCCUCAGAAAUCACAACCUACACAAAUAGGGCACUCUGCUACCUCUCUGUAAAGAUGUACAAGGAGGCAGUGCGAGAUUGUGGAGAGGCCCUGCAGCUCGACCCCGCUAAUAUCAAGGCGCUGUACAGACAAGCUCAAGCACACAAGGAGCUGAAAGACUACAAAGCUUGCGUGGAAGAUCUAAACAGCUUGCUGAAGGUUGAGCCAAAGAACACAGCCGCACAAAAUUUACUGCUGAAAGUGCAAAAUAAAAAGUGAGCUUGUGAUUCGGAUGCCUGUGGAUGUGAAGGACCCUAUGCUGACCUGGUGUACAUGCCUGAAGUGCCUGUGUUCACUCACAGAAGCAGUUUUUCCUAUCUAUUUCCUGGCCUCUAACUUAAAGUGUAAGUUUUUUUUUUUACAACCAAAUCUCUAUUUUUGAUGUGGAAUUGAUUUGCUCUUUGGGGAAAGUGUUUCUCUAAAAGAAGUGAAAUCAGAAAAAAGGCUGUCUGGACCCUUCUGUAAAAUGAAAUUUACAUGACAAUUUUUUUAAAGAUUUGGUUGUAAAAAAUUGUUUAAACCCACUCAAGUUGGAGUAUUGCUGUGACUACUAAAGAGGAAGCACAGUGAAUGCAUUGCAUAUUUAGCCUUCAUGUACAUCAUGCAAUCACUGCAUGAAACUGGAAAUAUAGCAUUCAACAAUUGUUGAAUAACAAGGACUAUGCAUCUGUACUGUAUUUCCACUAGUAUAAUAACCGAUUGUUCGAUAAACAUGUUUCAUUUAUGUUAUGUCGUGAUCAAUAAAAUGACUGUUGUAAUUAAAGGGAUAAUUCACCCAAAUAACAAAAUUA